AUGCAGAGUGAGAAGCAGGAUCCAGUAAAUUACUAUAUUGGGAUUGAUGUUGGAACGGCAAGUGUUCGUGCGGCUUUGGUAGACCAAUCUGGGACGAUAGUGGCACAUGCGGAUCAGCCAAUCCAAAUUUGGGAACCCCAACCAGACCACUAUGAGCAAUCCUCUGAUGACAUCUGGGCUGCUUGUUGCACAGUCACAAAGAAAGUCAUCCAACAAGUAGAUGUUGCCUGGAUUCGAGGGCUCGGUUUUGAUGCUACGUGUUCACUUGUUGUUGUGGAUAAGCAGUUUCAGCCCUUGGCAGUUAAUUAUGAAGGGGAAUGUAAACGAAAUAUCAUUAUGUGGAUGGACCAUCGUGCAGCCAGUCAAGUGGACAGAAUCAAUGGAACUCAACACAGUGUUUUGAGCUAUGUUGGGGGAGUGAUGUCUGUAGAAAUGCAGCCGCCUAAAUUGCUGUGGAUGAAAGAAAACUUGAGAGAGUCUUGCUGGGAAAAGGCAGGCUACUUCUUUGAUCUUCCAGAUUUCUUAUCAUGGAAAGCAACAGGUGUCACUGCAAGGUCUCUCUGUCCAUUGGUGUGCAAAUGGACAUAUUCCCCAGAGAAGGGCUGGGAUGAUAGUUUCUGGAAGGUGAUUGGCUUAGAAGAUUUGGUGGCAGAUAAGUAUGAAAAAAUAGGAAACCAAGUCCUGUCUCCUGGAGCUUCUGUUGGAAAUGGCCUAACGCCAGAGGCUGCAAAAGACCUCGGUCUUGCUGAAGGGACUGCAGUAGCAGCAUCUCUCAUUGAUGCACAUGCUGGAGGACUAGGAGUGAUUGGAGCAGAUGUGAAAGGAUAUAACCUGCCCUGUGAACAUCAACCAGUUAUGUCCCGGCUUGCUGUGAUCUGUGGAACAUCUUCCUGUCACAUGGGGAUAAGUGAUGCUCCCAUUUUUGUGCCUGGUGUUUGGGGUCCCUAUUACUCAGCCAUGGUGCCUGGAUUCUGGUUGAACGAGGGAGGCCAAAGCGCUACAGGAAAACUGAUAGAUCAUGUAGUCCGAGGCCACGUUGCCUUCCCAGAGUUACAAGCAAAAGCCGCAGCCAGUGCUCAAAAUAUAUAUACAUACUUGAACAGUCACCUGGAUCUGAUUAAGAAAUCUUUGCCUGUGGGUUUCCUCACUGUUGAUUUACACGUUUGGCCAGAUUUCCAUGGUAACCGAUCUCCCUUAGCAGAUCUGACACUGAAGGGCAUGGUUGUUGGACUGACAUUGUAUCAGGGCCUUGAUGAACUCGCUCUUAUCUACUUGGCCACAAUUCAAGCCAUUGCUUUGGGAACAAGACAUAUUUUGGAAACUAUGCAGUCUGCCGGGCAUCACAUCAGCACUCUGUUUCUGUGCGGUGGGCUGAGCAAGAAACCCCUCUUUGUGCAGAUGCAUGCUGACAUUACUGGCAAGCCCAUUGUCCUGUCCAAAGAGGUGGAGUCUGUUUUAGUUGGUGCUGCUAUUCUUGGAGCUUGUGCUUCUGGAGAUUUUGCCUCAGUACAGGAGGCCAUGGAGAGAAUGGGGAAAAUCGGGAAAAUCGUGCAACCAAACCACAGGGAUAAAAGAUUUUAUGACAAGAAGUAUGAAGUGUUUUUGAAACUUGUUGAACAUCAGAGAGAGUAUAAAGCCAUCAUGCAAGGCGUAUAA